AUGUCCAACAAUAGUUCGAAUGCAUUAAUUCAACAGUUGCUGAAGGCGGAACAAGAAGCGGAGGAAAUUAUCAAAAGGGCUAAGGAUGCCAAAGCCAAGCUGCUAAAUGAUGCUGAAAUUAUGGCGCAAAAGGAGAUCGAGCAGUUCAAGAAAAUGGAAGAUGAAUUGUUUAAGGAAAAACUGAAGGAACUCCCCAACGAAAACGAUACAACCAUCAAUAAGAUGAGGGAGGAGACUGAACAGAUUAUUAAAAAAUAUCGUCAGAAAGCUGCAAGUAUCUCUGAGUCGCUGGUAAACUUUCUGGUCACGAAUGUCAUUACCGUCAACUUGCCCACCAACACAUUAGAGUCCUAA